GUUUACAAAGUAUGAACAAAUUCAGUCAGUUUAUCAUUUAGAAAAUAUAUACACAUUUUAUAAGCUCUCUUAAGAUAAAAAUCAAGUGCACAUGCACUUUUCUGAUCAUUUUGUUUGCAUACCAUCUUUUCAUCUGUGUUGUUGUACGUUUGUAAUUUUUUUUACAUUUUCGACUUCUUUUAAAGGACCACUGGUGACUUGCUAUUCUAAUAAGUACCAAUUUUUACAGUCUCAACAGAUGAAGAUACAAGGUUGAAAAGAGUGAAGAAAAGAAAGCUGGAUCCAGUAAAAGAAAAUCUUCAACCAAUUUCUAAAAAUCCGCAUGGCUAUUUUGAGGAAAAUGAAAAAGGUUAUUUGAUGGAAGUCCUUUCCUGCUCUAAAAGUCAGGUGUCAAAUAACAGAUUAGAGAGAGAUGAAGCUGAAAAUGAUUCAUUUGUGAAGGAAAUGCCCCCCUGUUCCCAGAGUCAAAUAUCUGAUGACUUUAUAGAGUUCUCUUCACAAUCUACAAUCAGGAGUACUCAUAGCAGUCACGAGGAGUGGCAACCAGAGACAUCAGACCUGGAUAAAAUUAACAAUGUAAUUCACCUCAUAUCCAAUGGGAACUGUAGUCCUCUCAGGUCCCAAUUAACAACAUCCUUUAAAGAAGCAUCUGUAAGGACACAAAGGUACUACAUUCAGAUUUCCAAAGAUAUUGUCCUCCACCUAUUCGAGAUGAUCGCUCCAUCCCAAUCUCAUAUUCUAAUUAAAGAACUAUUCUCAAGAGAAUUUUUAUGGAAUAAUGACGACGAAAGAGUGCUGAAGAUUUUCGUGAAAGCAUAUGAGGAUGCCUCUGAUUCACCAGCUCACCAAAAAGAACUUCUCUCUCUUUUCUCUCAUCAAUAUCCAAAGGAGCUGCUUCUUCAGUCUAUACCAGGAAUGACAAAAUGGAGAAUUGACACAGCUAGGCAACAUGCAAAUACAAGUUCCAAAAACACUGAGGUGACCCAAAAAUCUGCAUUUUCAAGACUUCCAUUUGAUAAGGUUGAACAUUUUGUAGAUUUCCUUUCGCAGCCACAUUACAUACAAGACAUAGCCUAUGGUGAGCGGACCAUAAAGUUGUCCACAGGUCAAAGCAUCCACAUACCUGAUGUUGUGAGAACACUUAUUGGGAGCAGGAUAAUAACAUGCUAUUUGUCUUACUGUAAAGAUACUGAGUUUUCUCCAUGCAGUAGAUCUACAUUGUAUAGCUUAUUGAACAGAUGUGCUGCGAGUCAGAGGAAAAGUCUAAGUGGACUAGAUAACACAACCGCAGAUGGCAUUAGUUCCUUUGAGAAGCUAGUUUCUGUCACUGAAUCCAUGGAGAGCUAUGGACUUCAGCCAACCAAAUCAGAGGAUAUCAUGAACAGACUUCGUGCUAGCAAACAUUAUUUGUCCUGUGACAACAGAUGGCAUAUUCAGAGAUCAACAUCUAUUCCAGAUCACUGUAUUGAUUACUCCUUGAGUGAUCAUCGACAUCCUGAACUUUCUUCGCAAUGUUCCCAUGACCACAAUGAUGUCUGCAAUUUUUGUACAGACCAACUAACAGUUCUGGAUGAUCUUGAACAGAUUAUUAUUGAUGGCUUUUUUCCAACUUCGGAUAUCAAAGGAGAAUUUAUUCAUGAUUUUCAAAAGUGUAAAGAGAAGAUCAUUCAAUGGAAACAACAUGUUUUGCGAAAUGUUUGCCAGGAAGAAGCCAAACAGAACAUUUUGCAGACCUUAGAAAGGCACGAGGUUUUAAUAACCAUGGACUGGGCCAUGAAAUAUUUGCCCUGGAUAGAUCGUGAGAAGCAGACAGACUUCUUUGGGAAAAAGGGGAUCAAUUGGCAUAUCUCUGUGGCCAUCAGCAAGGAGAAGGACCACCUCAAGAAAGAUUGUUUUGUUCAUCUGUUGGAUAGUGCACCACAGACCUGGUUCUCUGUUGCCUCCAUCCUGGAACAUCUCCUCUUCACUGUCAAAGACCAAAAUGAGUCCCUGAAGUGUGCCUAUCUAAAAAGUGAUAACGCACGCUGUUAUCACUGCGGGCCAUUAAUAUCGGCCAUCCCUGACAUUUCAAGGAGAACAGGAAUCAAAGUAUGUCGAUACGACUUUAGUGAGGCACAAAGCGGCAAAGAUAUUUGCGACAGACGGAUAGCCCCAUUAAAAAUACAUAUGAAAAGAUACGGAAAUGAGGGCCACAACAUUACCACAGGAGAAGAGAUGAAAGAAGCACUGGAAAGUUAUGGCGGGGUCAAGGACACCCAUGUUUAUUUAGCAGAAGUUGAUUUUGAUCAACAGACGAUGCAAAAAUGUCCUAUUCCAUUCAUCAACAACUUCAAUAACUUUUGUUAUGAAGAGGAUGGGCUUAGGAUGUGGCAAGCAUACAAUGUUGGAGAGGGCAAGUUCAUAUCUACUGGUGAAUUAAACAGAAAGAUGAUUGGAAAACAAGACGACACUGGUUAA